UGAUUAAGUUCACUGCACACAUAUGUAUCUCUACGCUUCUUAUUAUUACACUACACACAUACAUAUCUGAAAAAGAACUUCAUGGCAUCACAAAAGUCAAAGUCCUCUGAUCUUUCUGAUCUUCCCAAGCACUUCCACGAAGAUGAAGAUCACUUAUCCCAAGAAUGCAAGGAUCUCAUUGCAAAGUUACCCAGUGAAUUGACCCUGAUCAACAUGCCACUCCAUCAAUACAAUGGUUUCUGGCUCUCCAAAAAGCAUAUUCAAGGAAUCUUAAAUUUUCAGAAUCACUACCAAGCUCAUGAUUCUGACACCCUCCUUGUCACCUUCCCCAAAUCUGGCACCACGUGGCUCAAAGCCCUUACCUUCUCUAUUCUCAAUCGUAAGACCUAUGAUCCAAAUCCAGCCCAAACUCACCAUUCUCAUCAUCCUCUCCUCACUGCUAGCCCUCAUGAUCUUGUACCUUUCAUAGAGUAUUACGAUGAUCUUCAAAAGCCCAUGGCUAUUCGAGACUCGUUCUCAUCGUCACCGAGACUCUUUGCAUGUCAUGUCCCAUAUGUUUUGUUGCCAGAGUCUGUGAAGCAGUCUAGAUGUAAGAUUGUGUACUUAUGUCGAAACCCUAAGGACUUGUUUGUUUCAACAUGGAAAUUUGUGAACAAGUUACUAGAACCAGAUGCCCAACGGUUGGUUUCAAUUGAGAAUGCAUUUGAGAAGUUUUGUCAAGGAGUGAUUGGUUAUGGGCCGUUUUGGGAUCACAUGUUGGAAUACCAUAAGGAGAGUUUGGAAGAGUCCAGAUAAGGUUAUGUUUCUGAGAUUUGAAGAGCUGAAAAGCAAACCAGUUGAGGUUUUGAAGGACCUAGCUGAGUUUAUGGGUUAUGGUUUUUCUCAAGAGGAAGAGGAUGGUAAUGUUGUAAUUGAUAUAUUGAAGCUCUGUAGUUUUGAGAGUUUGAGUAGCAUGGAAGUGAACAAGACUGGAAAUUCAUGGCACAAGAUAGAGAAUAAGGCUUUUUUUAGACGUGGAGAAGUUGGAGACUGGAAGAAUUUCCUCACAUUCGAUAUGGUCCAACGUUUAGAUGAAAUAACUGAAGAGAAGUUGGAGAAACAUGGCUUGAAGUUUUAGAUCCAUAUAAGUUCCUUGGAAUAUCUAGUCUACCUAAAAUAGCAAUGUUCGAAUAAAAUUUUCUAAGGGCAGAGUUGUUCGUCCUUCAUUUUUUUAUAUUUGUUUAUGGUGUGUUUACAUUAAUGGAAAUUUGAAUUUAGAUU